AAGCCUCAUAUCAACCAUCACCAUUUGCUUACUGAAUCCUUUUAGGCAAGUAAAGAGAAGAGGUGUCCAUUACAAUGGAGAAGGCAGGGUUAGCAGAGUUUAAUGAGGAGAUUGUGGAGAGUUGCCUUGUGCAACCAUGCCUGCCUUCGCCCAGACCCACUCUCUAUCUCUCCAACCUUGAUAACCAGCCAGUUGUGAGAAUGGCAGUUAAUAUGUUGCUUGUGUAUGAGGGCUGUGCAAAUGUUUUGCCAGAUCCUGCAAAUACAAUCCGAGAUGCUCUAUCAAAGGUAUUGGUGUAUUAUUAUCCUCUGGCUGGGAGACUGAGAAAGAAAGAAGAUGGGAAGUUUCAAGUGGAGUGCACAGGAGAAGGUGUUCUUUUUCUGGAAACCCUGGUAGAUAAGAGCCUGUCGAUACUUGGAGAUUUGGAGCAGCUGAUUUUUAGGUUCCCUUUCGAUACAGCUCUGGAGGACGUGCAUCUCAUGGUUCUCCGGGUAAACCAUUUCACAUGUGGAGGCUUUGUUGUAGAAGUGACUUUCCAUCAUAUGGUACAUGAUGAACGAGGGGUUGCGAAAUUUCUAAUAGAUCUUGGAGAGAUGGCUAAGGGUCAUGUUAAGUCAUUUAUCAAACCAAUAUCGGAUAGAGAGCUUCUUAAACCAAGAAAUCUAUUGGCUCAAGACUUAAAAUUGAUUGAAGAAAAAAUAGAGAGUACAUCUCAUUCAUGGAAACCUCCAAUAUAUGAAGAAGCAAUUCAAAUGUCUCUUAUAUUUCACUCUGGGACUAUUCAAUAUAUGAAACAAGGAAUGAUGCAAGAAUGAACAAGGACCAAAGCAUUUGAAAUUCCACUUACUCAAAGUGUAAAAUUUUUAUUUGCAGUAGAUGUGAAAGGAUCAUUUAAUCCCCCAUUACCAAAUGGAUACUAUGGAAAUGUUGUUGUUUUGGCAUGUGCACAAGCUACUAUCAAUGAUGUCAUGAACCAACCACUUUCAUAUGUAAUGAACAUUAUAUAGAAAACAAAGAUGUCACUAAAUAAUGAGUAUCUUAGAUCAACAAUUAAUAUGGACCAAUUUCCAUCAAAUAUUCUCAAUAACCUAGCUAAUUUGCUAUUGAGUGAUUGGAGGUCGUUGGGAUUUAAUGAAGUCAACUUUGGGUCAGGAAGUCCAAUGAAUAUAUGCCCUAUUCACUGGAAUGAGAAUGGA